AUGCAUCUGCGUGGUACGGGAAACUUUCUUUCAGUAAAAUUAACAUGGACCCAAGGGAAUUUGCUGGUCAUCAUCGCCUUUCUUACGACCCCCAAGCUUAAAACGAAAACCAACUACUUCAUAUUUUCGUUGGCUGUGGCUGAUCUUUUGGUCGGGUUAUUUUCUAUUCCACUCUGGAUUUACUAUAUUCUGACGUUAGACUUCAUGAACACUUUGUAUGAGUAUUACCAGCUUGGUGACAUAGUGUCAGGCGUGUCCUCCAUCAUGCAUUUGACCUGCAUUAGUGUAGAGCGCUGUUAUGCCAUCGUAGCACCUCUGAAGCACAGGAAGAUCAGCAAAGCAAAGAUUUUUGCUGGUAUUGCCUUAUCCUGGUUCCUCGCCGUUCUCAAUGCACUGCUGAAGAAGUUCAUCAAAUGGAAAGAUGUGUCCAUCUUGAAUACCUUCGCGUUCUUUGUGGUUCCACUGCUACUGAUAGUCGCUGCCUACAUCGCCAUCUUCUUCGCCGCUAAAAAGAGCUUAAAAGAACACCGAAGGCGUUCUUUAAAGAAGGAUCUUCAUGUCGCCUAUACUGUUGCCUUGGUAACUGGCGCUUUCGCCAUUUGUUGGCUUCCAUUCUUCUUGUUGAUCUUGAUCUACAAAUGGUGCGCCACGUGCUCAUUCGUGUGGGACAUGCGCGUCCUCAUGGUAGUCAAGUUACUCCACUAUGGUAACUCGGCUCUAAACCCCAUCAUUUACUCGGUCAGAAAUCGGCGGUUCAACCACGCGUUCAAGAGGAUUUUGCUGCGCCUUAUUUGUCGUAAACUGGACACAGGCUAUUUUGGCAUGAACUCUACUACCCGGCAUACUCAGCAAACCCGCGUCGACGCAAACACCAUAACGAUGAUGGAAAGGGGUGGAAAGCCGUCCCCUAAGACCAAGGGUCGCUCAGAUGAAUCUUGCUCAGUUAAACUGGUUUAAACCCUACCGAACGAGACAAGUUUCAACUCACCCUAUGGUCUAUUUUACAAAAUAACUUUUCUUCCCCUGUAGGCACGGCUGUCUUAUGGUUAGCGCACCGGACUCCGGAUCAAGUGGUCUGGGUUGGAGCCCUGGCGAGGGACAUUGUGUUGUGUUCUUGAGCAAGACGCUUCAC